AUGUACAUAACAUUAUUGUCCACUCCUAGAUCAAAUAACAUCAAUAUUUUAUCUAUUGGUGGUGGUCAGUACAUUAAUUUUGGUAUUGUGCAUGGAUUAACUAAUUUAUAUAAGACUGAGCCAAAUGUGAAUCAAUUAUCUGUAAUUGAAUUAUGGUUCAAUAUUGAUGGAUUACCAAUAGAUAAGAAAGGAUCCUCAUUUUGGCCAAUAUUGUGCGGUCUAUGUAUAAAUGACUCUAUAAAGCCUUUUAUUGUUGGUUCAUAUUUUGGAAUAAAAAAACCUUCUAGUGUAAAUGAAUAUUUAUCUGAAUUUGUUGAAGAACUUAAUGAAAUAUUAACAAAUGGUUUACAAAUAGAUGAUUUAAUUUUAAAUGUCCGCAUUAAAGGUAUAAUUGCCGACGCUCCUGCUCGUGCAUUUAUAAAACAAGUAAAGGGACAUUCUGGGUACUUUGGAUGUGAAAAGUGUGAAGAAGAAGGUGAAUAUUUAUCAGGAAGCCUUUCUUUUCCUGGAUAUAGAGCUCAAUUACGGACUGAUGAGUCUUUCACAAACCGUUAUAAUGAAGAGCAUCACAUAGGAACGUCCCCAUUAUUGAGAAUAAUUGGUCUUGGACUUAUCUCUUUUAUUCCACUGGAUUAUAUGCAUCUGUGUUGCCUUGGGAUAAUGAAAAAAAUACUGCAGUUUAUUCUUAAAGGAACUCGAGUGGAAGAUGCUUGUAAUUAUAUUAAGUUGUCUAAAGACCAGGUUAUAUCAAUAAAUCAAAAAAUGAAAAUUAUUAAGAAAUGGAUCUGUUCAGACUUUGCUCGAAUUCCAAAUGAUUUAAACAAUUUUAAUACUUUUAAGGCUACUGAAUUUAGACAAAUUAUGCACGGGACCUUACCUUUUUAA